UGUUUCUCAUUACCUCCAUUUUUACUUUCUCCCAGGAACGUCGAAUAGAUUAUAAAGGAUUCACUUAUUUAAAGGCUACAGCAAAAGCUCUGCAGUUUAUUUUUGGAUCAUCCAAGAAUAAAACAGCCACAGCAGGAGUUGUUGAGGCUACAGAGGGAUCUAAUUAAAGUAUGUUAACUUAGCCUUGUGGGACAGUGCUGUGCACUAGAGCAGCCAGUCAGUCAGAGGCUUAGUAGGUCAGCUCAGUUUUGUCUAUACCCUCUGUGGCACACGGCUGGGAUCACACGUUCAUCUGUUGUACUGGGACUUGCUGCACAACUCCAUCAUGUCUCUCAGACUCCUACCUGCUUUCAUUACGGAUAAUGAUGAAGAUGACGAUGGUAACUUCACAAAAUGGAUGAGCAGUUACUGGGGUCACGGAGCAGAAGCUGGACACUCCAGAGACAGAAAACGCAGUUUCAGAAGACCUUCAAAAACACAAGUUGAUCGAAGAGCAUCACUCCCGACUGUGUCACAAUUAGAUGCCAUGAAGUUGAACAGGCUCCAUGCAGCGACAAUGGCUGCCGCCGGGAGCCACAUCAAAAAUAGAGAGGAUAAGGGGGAGGUCAGGCCCCACCAGAGAGCUCGACGCGCCUCUUCAGACGACAACAGCCGCCCCAAGUCAGCUAUCCCAGAGAACCGCAUCUCCACUAUCCCAGAGCUCACAGAGUCAUUCGGGAGGAGACUUUGUCUCCGUGACAAGAAGACCACGAAUGAUGAUGACAGGCUGUGCCUGAUCUGUCAUGAGGACAUGCAGAAGAGUGGGGGGGUAGUUCAAGAGCUUCACUGUACACACCGCUUCCACAAAGAGGCACCUCAGAGGUUGGAGCAGUGUCGGCCCCGCAGUGGCAGUGAAGCAGCGGCUUGUCAGGUGAGGAGGCUCUCGGAUGAGAGGAGGAAGUCGGCGGACGGGCCAAUCUCCACGGAGAAGGAGCAUCACACAUUCCGUCGACAACUUUCCCUGCGGAGACAUCGCUGAUAUCAUUCUAUGGGAAGAGUGCAUGGACCGGUGGCUGUGGAAGAAACAGACAUGUCCCCCAUGCCGUGUCCAGGUCUUCAUGCUCCUCUACUGGUCUUCGUCCCGUACCAAAAUCCCAUAAUGGUCCUGUACCUACACCUGCCGUGCCUGCAUGCCCCCUCCCCAGACCUCCACCACACCUCAGUCCUUCUGUAUGAACACCCGCUGCUCCUUGGACAACAUGUGAGAAUGUACUCGAACCAGUACACAAGGAGGUGACUUUUCUUCUGCCAUGGGAGGGCCCCGUGAGAGUUAAGGGCCCCUUAUUCAGAGAGAGAAACCAUUUAUUGCAUGAUAGGUUUAUUUAUGUAAGAUUAAAAUGUUCUGUAUAAAUAAAUGCCCUAAUAUGAAAGAUG